AUGGUGGUGAUAAAGUUCCAAUACGGGAACGACGUGCGACGGAUUACCCUUCCUGCCGAGGGAAUCACCUACGAACAACUGCUUUCGCUCAUCGAAAGUCUGUACAGCCAAGCCGGUCCUGGCGAUCAUCCUGCGUUGCCCCAAGAGUUCAAACUCAAAUACGCGGACGAAGAGAACGAUUUCAUCGGAUUGACCUGUGACAACGAGCUGAGGGAUGCCCUCUCGCUGCUGCCCGAAGGAAAGGUCCUGCGCAUCAUGAUCGUUGACGUAGCGCCAGCCCCAAACCCUGGGCCACCCGCAACCGGCACAACUAUGGAUGACGUCGUACACAACGUCCUCUGCCACCACUGCGGGCAUCAGGUGCAGGGCGUGCUGUUUCUGUGCGUGAACUGUGCUACGGACUACAGCCUCUGUUCGGAGUGCGAGCGUCAGCGACCGCACGACUCGCAGCACCUCUUUCUCAAGAUCUACGCCCCGCUGCCGCCCGACGCCUUGGCGCAGGGCGUCCUGCCGCUGCUGCCCAAUCUCUACGCGCCCUCUGCCAGCACGUCGUCGGCCGCGACCGCCGGAACGCAGCAGGCCUGCCCCAACUGGAUCCGCCAGCGAAAGGCGAGCGACGGCGCGCCCCGCGGCAGAGCCGCCUGCUACAACAAGAGAACGGGACCCAGGCGAGAGGACCAGAAGCUGGCAUGUCGCUUCGUGGAGGACAUAACCGUGGACGAUGGCCACGCGAUGACUCCCGGUUCCCCGUUCGUCAAGAUAUGGCGCCUGCGUAACAGCGGCAACGUCGCGUGGCCCGAGGGCGUCGCGCUGUCCUUCGUGAGCGGCGACAGCCUCUCCCUCUUCGAAUCCAUCCCCGUCAUGUCCGUAGCGCCCGGCGCCGAAGUCGACGUAUCUGUCGACAUGACCGCUCCCAAGGAGGUGGGCCGCUACGUGUCGAACUGGCGGUUGCAAAGCCCGUCGGGCGUCUUCUUCGGGCAUCAGGUGUGGGCAGACAUCAUGGUGGUGAAGGACGCUGGCAAGUGUGCCGACUCCGAGAACGACAAGCCUGCUGUACAGUUCCGCGAAAGCGAUGACUCGGAGGAGGACAGCGACAACAACGAGAGCGAGUGGGAGCUGGGGAGGAGCAAGGUGCGGAGGAUCGCCAAGGUCAUCCGAGGGCGAAGCCACUCGGACAUCGACUCCGAUGACGAGACACUCAACGAAGCCGAAGCCGAAGCCGAAGCCGAAGAGCGCGGCGAGCAAGAGGAAACUACCGACCAGACGCGCGCCGAAGGCGACAACGUUGCGCCCGCGGCCCAGGAGGCGCAGGAACUGGUCGAAGAGCACCAGCCUCCGCAGCAGAGUCCGGCCAGCAGCGAGGACGACGAGUGGGAGGUGGUGGCGGCCAAGGAGGAGUGGGCCGACGAGCUUGCCGCGCUGCGGGAGAUGGGCCUCGGUGACCUGGACACCAUCCGCAGGGCGCUCAAGGAGGCCAAAGGCAACGUCGACCUCGCCGCGCAGAGUCUCCUUGGCGACUGA